AUGCCUUCUGGUCCGUCCUGGCUGACCGGUCGGGCCGACGCCGGGCCGUUCAUGCUGUAUCGGAGGUGCUUUGGUUUUGUCAUCGUAUUAGAGCUUCUAUGGUUCUCUGAUCACGCCGCUGAGAUCAUGUCACAAGGUUUCAGCCCGGUGGCCCCUGCAGAGCUCCCUUUCGACGUUCCCUUAACCCCAUUGAGUCUGGAUCUUGCCCUAGUCGUAGGUUGCUUUAUGAGUGUCUGCUUCGUCGCAUUGGAGCCCUCCUGCUGGACUAGUGUACCCCUUCUCAUCGUAUAUGCCUAUCUUAGAAUAUCCGACUUCACCAACUGGAACAACCACUACUAUCUUAAUAUCCUCGAGCUCGCCUUGUUCACUAUCACCGACUUCGAGUAUUCGCCUCGUGGCCUGAAUGAUGACAUGAGCCGUGUCACUGAGCUGAGCCGGCGAGGACCAGAGAUGAUGGAUACGGCCGAGUCCCUGUUGAGGUCCUCUGAAGAGCAGACCGGUUUUGAUGCUAACCAUGGCUUGAGUGGAGAGCCCGAGUCGCCGUUGAGCUCUUCUGAUGACGAUAAGGAACUCAGAAGGUUGCUGGUCCACACGGUGCCGUCCUGGUUCUACUUCGCUUUUCGCUCCCUCAUAUGCUGGACCUACUUCAUGGCGGGCAUGAGCAAGAUCUCAGAAGCCUGGCUCAACGGCUACAUCACAGAGACAAUGUUGCACAAUUGGGAUUUCCCACUAGUCCACAUGCUGGUACCGCGGCACAUGACGCUGCUUCAGCUCGCUGAGCUGCUCGCCUGGGGUGGCCUCCUCCUGGACCUGAUUGGCGGCCCUCUUCUCCUCACAGCCGUCACAUUAGGGAAAAGCGUGGCCACGUAUGUGUGUCUGGGCGUGUUCAUACCAUUCCACGUCACUAACCUGCUAUGGCUUUUCGAGAGUAUCCAAUUCUUCCCACUGAAUAUGCUCGCCACUACUUUGCUCUUCCUACCAUAUAAAACUCGGGACGGCCGCGGCAAAACGACAUCCACUGGAAAAGCCCUCCUGGUUUUCUUAAUCAUAUUCGGGCAAGCUGCCUUCUCCUUGCGACGUUUCUUCCUGUUUGGCAACGUCAGCGUAUCGGAGAUCAACGAGAUCACGGAAGUGACUGCUCUCCAUCAUGAGUUUUCGUGGCGCAUGAAAUCCAAGGCCAUCAGGGACUCCAUCCCCCACCCUUCGUUGAAGGACAAGCAGCUGAAGCUGGGGUACUUCGUCGCCGCCAAGUGGGAAACGGGGACGAGGAGUGUUCUUAACACGUACGAGAUGAUGCCAAGGGGAACGACUCCGCAUAGGAACCUCAUAGUGCAGUUUGCUAGACGCAAGAUGACACAAGGCGGCAGCACUAGCAAGACAGCAUAUCAGUUGAGCUCCAAUCACUGGCUGGCGGUCUGCGGCCGCCCCUUCCAGUUAGUGGUGGACUCUCGAUUCGACAUACUCGACUCACAGGAGCCAUCAUGGCCCCCGCCUCUGAUGCCCUUUGACCUGCCUGAGCGCUGGCGGUCUUUGCUCGAGAAGGACCUGCAAUCCUGGGCACCUUAUAACAACGAAUAUUUCGUGAUCAGUCGCGACCAAGGAGUAGUCGCAAACCCCCUGCUACAUCUGAGUGAUGAUGUACAACCGCGGACGUUACGCUGUCUGAUGGACGCUCGCCUCACAGUACUGUUGAGGGGCAUUGGCCCGGUCAAUUGCACGGGCCCUGAUGGCAUAGUAGAACUCAAGACUGUGGAUGACCCCAGACCACUUACUGUGGUGUUCACUUUGUCCGAGGGAUCCGCUCUCCUGAUGGUUUUCGCCUUACCGAAUGCCCAUUUGAAUCCACCACUGGCAGCGACUGCUUUCCCACUAGAGGCCAACGCCCAUCAUCACGCCGCAGGUCACGCACACCAUCAGCCAGCUCAUCAGAGCCAUGCCGGCUUGAAGCAUCACAAGGUGCUGCCUCAUCGUCCUGGUAAAGGGGCGAAGGGAACAUCUGGAAAAUGGAAAUGCAAGUGUCCUGGGUUCAAUGGCCCAGGCUACGGGGUGGACGAUGGUGAGGCGUUGCUAUAUGCAUACCCUCAAGGGCGCCUUGCAGGCUACAGUCGAGAGUGGCAUCACCCACCACGCCCCAACAGUCUCCCUCCCCCUCCGGCCGAGGCAGCAACAAAUUGGGCGAACCACGCCUUCGUCGCAUCCAAAAUGGCCGACUCAGCUGCUGGUGACAUCGAGGUUCUACGGGAGAAGACCCAUGAUUACGUGAUGCAAACGCAGCACGAUGCCAGUAGGCUGAUGAGAUGGGCAGCCCUCAUUGGUGAGCAGAUGCAGAAGGACGGGCAGCAUCUGGUUGACCAAAUUGCCGAGCAAGCUGUGCAUAGUCAGAAGCUCGCUCAGAAGAUGGUGGACACAGCCACCAAGCAGGCUCUUAUGGCCCAUACCCUUGCGACCAAGUCCCUCGAUGCAGCUAGGAAGGCCGAGUUCGCCAAGGCAAUGCAACAUCUUGCUGACGAGCCGAAGAAGGCUAGCUUCGCAACCAGAGGUCAUGGGCAUCACAGCACUGCAUUCAGUGGCACCGAUAAGACAGAACAGGACCUUUUCAACGCCUACCAAAAGGCAAGCCGCUGCCUCCACGAGGCACUACGGUUCACGAAAAUGCACGAGUCGGAUAAGUGGCGACAUUUUUGGGGCUCUCGAAUGAAUAAGGCACAGCAGCUCUCCGGAGAUCUAAAGUCAAAAUCUGAUGGAUACGUCUUUCUAACGAGACUGGCUGGGGAGCGCCUCUUGCACGAUGCUGCCUUGGAGGCUUCCUCGGCUGUUGCCAGCGCUCAGCGCAUUGUGAACCAAACAGCUGUGAAGGCUGCUCUAGCUACAAAUCUCAUAGAACGUCUCCUGGCUCAAGCAUCGCAUAGGGCAGCGGUCGCCGAGCACAUGGUGACUCGGGCUGAGGCCGAGGCAACUAGAGCGGCGGAGAUGGCACGCCAAAUGGCCAAUAACGCGAAGUCAAGCGGCAUCGGUGGUGGCGUGUACUCCCAGAGUUCUGCCAUGCAGGCGGCAGCUGCUCAGAUGGCACAGGCCAUGGGCUACUCUGUGGCCCCACAGGGGGUACCGAGUCCCUUAACGCCUUUGCAGAGCGUCACCAUCCGGGCACAUGCAGGCGAGGGACUCAACGACUCGUUUUGGUGGAAGCCGUAUCGCCAGCAUUGGCUCUACGACAUCCAGACGCCGCCACCUGUCAAGGCACCGCCAGGGACCCAUGGGCUCCAGUACCAGCAGGGACAGUACGGAGGGAUACCCAAUCCCAACUCGAAUGUGCACGUUCGUUAUGCUACUGUCACCCUCGUGGAUGCAAACUUGGCAGUGGCGACUGUAAAAGCGAGGAGUGUUAAGCGGAAUAUGUGGAAUGAUUUCCUCACCAUGUGA